AUGAAAGAUCCAACUGAAUUCCCUCUACUUCAUCUACCACUGCUUGCUAUAAAGGAAGUUUUAAGCACACUGAGCCCAUUAGAUCUUGUCAACUUCUCCCUGGCCUCUUUAAAGUCCAAAAAAGUUGCAAAGUACUUUUUUAAUCAGCACCGGGAAUUGCAAUAUAGACUGUGGUUGGAUAUUGAAGAAGAGCUCGCAGUGGGAAUCAGAGGAACAGAAAAGACUUAUUACUUUAAGUUAAUAUCUGACAAAACUAAAGAUGGACUUCGUGAAGGAGACAAACUAUUCAAGUAUUCAGAAGACCCACUUACUGAUUUCAAGAAAUAUGUGGAGUAUGCAAUCGAAACUUUUUGCUGGCCAGUCAGUCAACUUUAUUUUGAUUUGGGCGCAUUCAUAGUCCAAAAUAAAUCAAUUAUUGAUUGGCUCAAAUUUCAAGUCGAGCCCUUCAGCUGUUUCUAUUUACACAGUAAUAUUAUAUCAGAUGAAUAUGUGUCAUAUUUUCUAAAUCACAUCGAAGUUGAUUCGUAUUUAGACCUAAACACCAAAAUGAGUGAUAACUUCCAACUGAUUAUUCCUGGGAGCAUUGAAAAACUUGUAAUCGAUCAGUCAAACUUCGUCACAAUCGAUCAACUGUCUAGAUUUGAUUGCGAAUUAAUCAAACUUUGCCACACCAAAAUAUCUAACCAAGAACUCAGCCAAUUUUUCAAAAACUGGAUGACAUCGAAGUCUAAUAUCAACCUUCAAAGUUUUGAAAUUCACAUUGAGAAUAGAGAAGCACUUGAAGCGAUUUCAAAUCUACCGCAUAAAGUUAUUGAUCCAGAAAGGGUCCGCACAUUCCAUAGAUGGUACCAUCCAUUUCCUGUCACUGGAGGAAUCGAUAUUAAGAGAGACGAUGGCAAGAUUGCUACUUUUUUCAUAGAAGACGAUAUGGAGUUUCUGAAUCUUGUUAUGAUUACUCACUAA